AUGUCUACGAAAGAAAUUCGAAUCCGCCCAGCAGGCUGGGAGAACGCUCCCGCAGAAGAGCGGUUCGCUCUCUCUGAUAUGGAUCACACGAUGCCGAAGAUCUAUGUCCAGAUAGUAGAGAUAUUUAGGCUCACACAACCCGUGGACAAGGCUGAGAUUGUGGACAGCAUGGCCAAGGGUCUGGAAUUUACCUUGAGUCAGUUCCCCAUCCUUGCCGGCGGCUUGAAGAUGGAUGCGGAGAACGGUCGAUUGUGGGUGACGAAAAAGAAGGAUGGUGAGGCUAGUCUGUUCGUGCAGGACUUGGAAGAGACUUUCCUGUCGUUCGAUGAGCUGGAUAGGACCGAUUUUCCCGCCGCAACUUUCAAAGGGCACUUGCUCUUGCCAAAAGCGGUGACAGAGAAACAGCUAUUCUCGCCUCUUGGGGAUAAUCAAAAAGACGAUCUCAUUAUAUCGACAUUCCAGAUCAACUUCAUCAAAGGCGGUCUUGUACUUGGUAUUGCUAUCCACCAUAACUGUUCUGAUGGCCCAGGAUGCGACGGGUUUCUCACUACUUGGGCGAGGAAUUCCAAAGCAGUGAUCAAUGGGACUGCCUUCGAAGUAGUUCCCCAUGGUACAAUGGAUCGAUCGCGUCUCAGUGCGAAGAAACCGGAAGCUGCGCGGUGGAAAGAACUUGACCGCAAGUUUCCUGUGCUCAAGGAUGGCGGUGGACCCCCUCCACCACCACCGGCUGAUUUCAAGAUGCCAGAAUUGGCUAUCCGGAUGUGGCAUUUCCCUAAGAGUAAGACGGAGCAACUCAAAUCUCAAGCGAUGGCGAAGACAGGAGAAAUCGCGCUUCCCCGCACGGAGCCAAUAAAGAUUUCCGAACUCAUCGCCGAAAAUAAUCUUCCGGAAAUUGCGCAAAGAGUGCGAAACUCGAUCAAGACCAUCACUCCACAGUACGUCGCUGAGCUACCUGAGUGGAUCGCAGGACUAGACGAUAGACGAUGGAUAAGCAUUAACAUGAGCUCGUUCCUGGGUAUGGACUUGGCGGGCACGAGCUGGCAAGGCAUGAAUGUAUACCAAAAACACGAUUUCGGUUUUGGUGUUGCGAAAGCCAUCCGGUUUCCGGAUCCCCAGUUCGAAGGCUAUGUUUUUGUAUACCCAAGCAGGGCGGAUGUCAAGGACAAUGCCGUCGACGAAGGUAUUGAGGUAUGUGUGUGCUUGGAAAAAGGAUGCCAUGAUCGAUUGAUGAAGGACACGGAGUUGCUCAGAUAUGCACAGCCUCGUGGUAGCUAG